UGUUGUUAGUUUGAACAAAAUGGCUGCGAGACCACUGUCAACGAGAGCUCACUGAACGCCUACCAUGACUGUCCGCUCCGCUGUCUGGAUCCACACAGAAUGUAUUUCCUCGGAGUCGUUUCUCACUUUGCAUUCGCGGUAGCCAGCCCGUCGCUAGUCGUCCAGCUGGCGACCUAAACAAACAAACAAACAAAAAAAAACAUUUCUUUUGCACUUUAAAACAAGUUGGCUGGCUGGCUGGCUGACGGCCGUCGGCUUGCUCUACUACGCGAGAACUCGUCGGCGAUUUUUAACGAAAGCUGCCUGAUUUCUCUGGUUUGCAAAACCUCGCAACGGUCGACGUCUGAAAACGCCAACCAGCUAACCUUAGCUUACACAAUUUAGCUGCUUUUAAAAUUUUAUUCGUGUUCGUUUUUUUGUUUUUGUUGUUAGUGGUGCUCCGUUCCCCUCCCCGCCCCCCUUUAUAUUGUGACGUUUUAACAAACUGUUUUUUGCGAGUGUAAUUUCACGGCAUAUUUUUAUUUUUUUCCUUUUGCUCUAAGCAUAAUUUACCGUACUUGCUGUGUGUAACGUUAUAUUUGGCUGAGUAGCCGUUGUUUACCUCGGUAUCUUGUCACCAAGCUGCUUCAGCAGCAGUCGGCUUAUCUGCAAAGUCUGACUUUAAUUGCGAUUGAAUCUCUGCUCCAUCUCUUUACGGGUAACUUUAGAAAAGACAUCGGAGAAUGCUUUUCUGCUUCUUUUUUUCUGCCAUGCACCGACUCCUCACUGAAAGCUGCCAAAGCUGUGGUUAACGCAAGCUGAAAGAAGCUAGCAACAGAAGAAAGAGAACCAUUUGAUGGAAGAAAAGAAAAAGAAAAAACAAGAAGAAAAGACCAAGAAGGACGUCGCUCAGAAAAAGGCUGCUGAUCAGAAACCCAAAGUGCCAGAGCCUGCUCCCACUAAGCCCAGUCCCGGCCCACCCCACCACCUCCACCCUGCCAGCCCCACGCUGCCCCUCUCCUCCUCCUCCUCUUCCUCCUCCUCUUCUUCUGGCAAUGGCAAGCGCGCCUCCUCCAGUAGCCAGCUCCCGACUCAGACUCCCCCUCAGCAGCAGUGCCAGUUGUCCUCUGCCAGUGCUCGCUACCCGCCCAGAGAGGUGCCCCCACGCUUCCGCCAGCAGGAGCACAAGCAGCUACUGAAGAGAGGCCAGCCACUGCCUGCAGGAGCCCUGAGCGCUCUCACCCUCUCCUCCUCCUCCUCUUCCUCCUCCUCGUCUUACUCUUCUUCUUCUACGAGUACCAGCAGCACUACCCCAAACUCUGCCACGUCCACUGCGGGCAAACGCCACCCAGACAUAUCCCUCCAGAGUGGCCCUUGUGCCCAGUAUGAGACCUCUCAUUGGGGAGUUUCUUUGCCAGUUGACAGCUCCUCCAGUGCCAACAGCUGGGACAAAGUGAUUAUUGACGGAAGUGACACAGAAGCUUGGCCCUCCAUCAGCCGCAGUAGUGACCCCAGCCACCCUGCAGCACCAGAAUGCCCCUUGGGUUCAGCUAGCUCUAACCCGGACACCAGUGCUGUCACUACCACCAGUAGUAGUAGUUUUCUGAGUAUGGCCACAGGUGCCGCAGGCCAACAGGCCCACUACUCCUCUCUCAAAGCUAACAAUAACAUGAUGACGGGACCUGGGUCAGCCAAUACACUAGCUGGUAAUAGAGGCUGGGGCUCAGAUGGAAAACAAGAUGGUAUAAAUGGUGGUCGAGUAGGAGGGCCCAAUAACUGGGGCUCUCCCAAUUUUAACUUGAACCUCAAUCCCAAUGCCAACCCAUCAGCCUGGCCUGUUCUUGGCCAUGAAGGUGGUGGAGGUGGUGGUAUUGGCCCAAAUGGGGUGUCCAACUCCUCAUCUCUCCCACCAGGUAUUAAUGGCAAUGGAAACAUGGGAAAUGGGAAGCUAGGAGGUGCAGAUAAUGGUGGAGGAGGUUGGGUUGGCAUGAUAAGUGCUAACGAAAAUGAUCAACAACACCCUUCAACCAACACAAGCUUGUCCUUCAAUAUGGAACCUGCUAACCUUAACACUGAUGGACCAAACCACACUAAGCAACAGCAGCAAGCUCAGGAGCCUAUGAGCCCUAUCCAUGGGUUAACUGGCUGGGGAGGCCAAUCACCCACUGAAUCAUCCCAGCUCAAUGGGGACACAACAGGCAGCUCUGUAUGGGGUGGUGGGGAAACAAAGGCAGCUGACUCCCCCAAGGACUCAGGCUGGGACUCAACUCCUUCUGGAGGCCUUUCUGCUUGGGGCCGCCAAGGCAGUGGUGGAGGGAGUAGUGGAAGUGGUGGCUGGGGUGACUGGGGAAAAUCCUCUGGGGGUGGAGAUGGACCUAAAGGCUGGGACUCAGUAGAUGCUGGUAGUUCUGGUUCAGGCCAAGAACAGCAACUUAGCUCAUGGGGCCAGCAGCCUGAAACAGCCCCAGCAAGUGAGGGCAGUGGGGACAGCAGUGAGGGUCGAUCCCAUUGCAGAGACAGGUCCUCCAGCAUGGAAUUUGCUCCUCUGCUACCCCGCCAGGACCUGGACCCUAGGGUGCUGAGCAACUCUGGUUGGGGACAGACCCCGAUUCGACAGCACACUGUAUGGGAGAUGGAAGAAGCCAGCUCUGAUGAUGGGAAGAGCAGCAGCAGCUCAGACACCAUAGGGGGCUCCAGCUCUAAUGGUGGACCCUCAUCCACCAAUGGAGGUACCAUCAACCCUAACAUUGGCUCCAAUCAGAGACCUGGGUCUGGAGGAAAAAGUGACAGUGAAGGAUCAUCAUCCUCAAGCUGGGGAGCCCCUCCACCUCAGCCAAUCCAGACUGGAUCAGGGUGGGGAGAUCCCCAACAGUCACUCAGCAAAGCCCCGAAUGGCACUACCAGUGGCUGGGGAGACCCUUUGCCUACCAAUGGUCCUAAAGGUGGGGGCACACCAUCCUGGGGUUCUGAGGACAAGUCACCCAGCUGGGAUGAUGGCCUAACAAAAAGUCAGCCCACUAGCUGGGGAGAAGGCCCCAAAAGCGCCCAUGGCUGGGGCAACAGCAAUGGGGGCUCCAAUGGCUCCAGCACAGGAGACUGGGGAGAAGCAGAGGUCAAGAACAAUGGGUCCUCCAGCAGCAUGUGGGAAGGAGAAGGAGGGAAUGCAGGAAGUGGUGGAUGGAAGGAAAGCCCCAGAGGUGGAAAUAGAGGAGGAGGCUGGGGUAAGCCUACCCCUGCUGUGAAUAAUAGCAGCUGGGGGGAGACCUCACGUGCCAAUGGCCCAGUGCAGGGAGGCUGGGGCUCUUCCAAGCCCCAAGAAAGCAGCAGCAGCAGCACUGGCAGUGGAGGAGGCGGCAGUAUUGGUUCCUGGGGUGGUCCUGGUUCUGUGAAACAGAGCAGCUCUGGCUGGGGCAAUGUCAGCAAACAGGACCAGGGCAUGGAGCCCACGGGCUGGGAAGAGCCCUCCCCUCCCUCCAUCCGUAGGAAAAUGGAGAUUGAUGAUGGAACAUCUACAUGGGGUGAUCCCAGCGCCUACAACAAGACUGUCAACAUGUGGGAUCGCAACAAUCCCAGUAGUAACCCAGGCAAUAGCGGCCCACCUCCCAGUAAGAAUGGUGGAAUGAUUAUACCCAACAACAACAACAACAAUCACUCUGUCGGCCCUGGGAACAACAAUCACCAUCAUGCUCACCACAUGCACCACCAUCCCCAUCAUGGCCAGCCCCCAACACACCUGCAACACCAUGGAAACAACAAUGGGUCACCCAACAAUGCUGCCACACAUCCAGGUGCUGGUCCUCAGGGUAGACCCCCCCUCGCCAACCCAGGUUGGGGAGAGCUUCCCAGUGUUCAGCCCAAGUCGGAGCCUGCUUGGGGAGAGCCAGCAGCUCCAACAUCAACUGUGGACAAUGGCACCUCUGCCUGGGGCAAACCCCCAGGGGGAGUAGGAGGGUGGGGAGAUGGCAGCCACGAGCCCUCUGGACCCUAUGGCAGGGCCAACGGACCCCCAGGUUCUGCACCCUGCAAGCCAGGCCCCAAACCUAUGCAAGAUAGCUGGGGAAGUGGAGGAGAGGAGAUUGGCAUGUCCACUGGCCAGUGGGACACAGAGGAUGGGGACAUGUGGAACAGCCCCACCUCCCAGGAGAGCAGCUCCUCGUGCAACUCUUGGGGCAAUGGACCCAAGAAAGGCCCAAGCAAGGGGAAGAUGGGCCACAAGCCAGAUGAGGCCUGGGUCAUGAACCGUCUCAUCAAACAGCUCACUGACAUGGGCUUUCCGAGAGACCCUGCUGAGGAGGCUCUGAAGAGCAACAACAUGAACCUUGACCAGGCCAUGAGCGCCCUGUUGGAGAAGAAGACGGACCUGGACAAGCGGGGCAUGGGCAUGUCUGACUACAGCAACGGCAUGAACAAGCCCCUGGUGUGUCGGCCCUCUGCACUCUCCAAAGACCCCUCUGAUCGCACCACCUUUCUUGACAAGGAUGGUGUUCUGUCAGAUGACGCCCCCCCAUCACCGUUUCUGCCUUCCCCCAGCCUGAAGCUCCCCCUGGCCAACAGUAGCCUUCCUGGGCAGGGUCUGGGACAGGGCAACCCGGGGCUGACCAUGCAAAACUUGAACAACAGACAGAUACCCAGUGGAAUGUUUGGCAGUAGUGGAGCAGCACAAACCCGGGCCAUGCAGCAGCAGCCUCCUCAGCCACCUGUGCCACCUCUCAGCUCCUCCCAGCCUAGUCUACGUGCUCAAGUGCCUCAGUUUCUCUCCCCUCAGGUCCAAGCACAGCUCUUGCAGUUUGCAGCAAAAAACAUAGGUCUGAACCCUGCACUUUUAACCUCACCAAUAAACCCUCAACAAAUGACCCUGUUGUACCAACUUCAGCAACUGCAAAUGGCAUACCAGCGUUUACAAAUCCAGCAGCAGAUGAUGCAGGCGCAGCGCAAUGUUUCCGGGCCCAUUAGACAACAAGAGCAGCAAGUUGCACGUACAAUCACCAACAUGCAGCAGCAGAUCCAGCAGCACCAGCGUCAGCUGUACCAGGCGCUGCUGAUGAAGCAGCAGCAACUUCCCUCUCAUUCCUCCUCUUCCUCCUCCGCUGGUCUGCAUCCCCCUGGUGGCCCUGCCGGAGGCCCUGGCUCUGGCAAAUCAACCCUGGACCCCUUCACAGGCCCACACCAGGCUCCGGGCCUCGCCGACACACUGCACACCAAAGAGCCGCCGUCUUCGCCCAAUGCCUACAGCACGUACCCUCUCUCUGGACUGAAUCCAAACAUGAAUGUAAACUGCAUGGAGGUUGGGGGUCUGUCCUUGAAGGAGCCCCCUCAGCCCCAAUCCCGCCUGUCCCAGUGGACACACUCCAACUCCAUGGAUUCUGGCAACUCCUCAAACAUGGAGAACAACCUCAAUAAGCACGGUGCCAUAUCUGCUGCCUCUACCCUGGGACCCCCUGGGAAGCCCCCCCAGCUGGAGGACUCAUAUAGCCCUUACAAUCUUAUAUCUAGCUCUGAGUCGCCCACCACCCCCCUGGUGCCACCUGACAGCUGGGGCCAAGGCAAGAGCCCCAACGAAAAGAUCUCUAACGGGACCAACAUUAACUGGCCCCCAGAGUUCUGCCCAGGUGUGCCAUGGAAGGGCCUUCAGAACAUUGACCCCGAGAAUGACCCCAACAUGACCCCUGGCAGUGUUCCCAGCGGUCCCACCAUCAACACCAACAUCCAUGAUGUCAACCGAUACCUGCUGCGGGACAGGAAUGGAGGUAAACUGUCUGACAUGAAGUCCACCUGGUCCCCAGGGCCCAUCUCCCAGAGCCAAGCCUCUCUCUCCCACGAGCUGUGGAAAGUCCCACAGGGGCCGCGCAGCACCACAGCUCCUUCUCGACCCCCACCAGGUCUCACCAACACCAAGCCCUCCUCCACAUGGGGUGGCAACUCGCUGGGCCUGGCCCAAGGCUGGAGCGGCUCCUACUCCUCUGAGGGAACCACUUGGAGUACUGACAGCUCCACCAGGACUAGCAGCUGGCUGGUGCUGAGGAAUCUCACUCCACAAAUUGAUGGUUCAACUUUGCGAACCCUGUGCAUGCAGCACGGCCCCCUGAUCACAUUCCACCUCAACCUGACCCAGGGGAACGCUGUGGUGCGCUACAGCUCCAAGGAUGAGGCCGCCAAGGCCCAGAAGUCUCUGCACAUGUGUGUGCUUGGAAACACCACCAUCCUGGCAGAGUUUGCCGGAGAGGAGGAGGUGAACCGCUUCUUUGCACAAGGUCAGUCACUAGGGGCAAACACCACUAGCUGGCAGGCCAACCCGGGAACCAAUCAAAACCGGAUGGGCGGGGCAGCGCAGUCCCACUCAAUUGGCCAGUGGAGCAGCAGUGGUGGUGGAGGCAAGGCCAGCGGAGGUGACCUGCUCUGGGGCGGGGUACCCCAAUACUCCAGCCUGUGGGGACCGCCGAGCGGAGAGGACGCCCGCGUGAUCGGGAGCCCCACCCCCAUCAACACCCUGCUGCCUGGAGAUCUGCUGAGUGGGGAAUCCAUGUAGGAUGAUGCCACGAUACACUAACCAACCAACCCACCACCACCAUGUCAUAUAAGCCAUCGGUGGAGAGUGGGGUGGAAAAAAAAAACAAAACAAACAAAAAAAAAAAUUUUCAUGAACAGGAGCGAAACCCAAGCAAAUCAUGUGGCGAUAAUCAGUAUCAAUUUGAACUGUUUUGAACUGUGAAUUGUGAUUCAGAAGGAGGGGGUCCCUACCACACAGACUGCAGGCUCCAGUCCUUCUGUUUUACUUUUGUCCUUCUUUUUGGUUUGGUUUACCUUUUUUGGAGAAAAAGCAAGUUUUUUUUUUCCUUUUGGUAUUUUUGAAAUGCAUCACAACAAACUGAAAUGAGACACAACACAAAGAAACCUUUUAAGUGUUUUUAGUUUUUCCAUAAGUAGACAUGACAUUCUGUGUGAAGUGUUUUUAGGAGAAGCAAUCAAAGCUGCCAUCUGAGACUUUCCUUUUCCCUCCAAAAAAAAAAAAAAAAAAGAAAAGAAAAAAAAUCAUCCCAAAAUAAGACUUAAAACAACCAUUCCCAGCAUGCCCAUGGCCAAUGAUGUGGUUCAAAGACCUUUACUAGUUAUGUUAACAUUUGUUUCUCAGCACUAAUAUUAGCCUUAAGUGCUCUCUGGCCCAGGUCCUUCCCAAGCCGCCUUUUUUAGUUUGUUUUGUAACUGAAGAAAUAGCUGAAAUCUUGCACAGUUUCACCUCUGAGCCAGCAAGUGGUACAGGACACGACUGGUGACCAACUCUGUCACUGGGCAAGUAAGGAGGCCUGGCCACGUGACUGGCCCUACCAAUCAUCAGCUUAAUUAUUUUAAUUUGUCUUCUCAAAGGGAUUGACUCAGCUAUUAAAUGUUCUCUUUUUUGUAGGUUUAGAUCCAAGCGCAUUUUUGAUAUCUAUCACAACAUAUAAGCUGAGAGAAGAUUAUUUGUCAACCUCGUUGCAAGUCUCCGUUUCCAUACAUGACUAUGUAUGUCCGGUGGCACCUAAUCAUUGACAUCUGCAAGCCCAGAACCUUCAACUUGGAACCCAGUCACUUACUGGGGCUUUGUUGAAUUUUCUAUUGUCCGAUUUGUUACGAAGCCCAGCGAUCUGUAUGGUCAGCCAGUUUUCGGGAGAAAAAACGAACACAAUUUCACCUUCAUGUGACAGUUCAUUGUGCAAUAUAAACCAUAGACUUUUCAUCCGUCCAUACUCGAUGUCCACCGGAACUGGUUUCUCUUUUGAGUUUUGUUUUUUUGUUUUCCUUUUUUUUUUUUGAUUGUUGCUGAUUGCAGCAAAAGACCUUGGAACUUCAAAAACCUUACCCCUUUUCAAAACUUGGAUUCCUUCCAGGCCACCAAUCCCUCUGAAACUGUUGGGAAAACUCUGCAAAGAGGGAGAAGCAGCUGUUGAACUGUGCAUGCAGCAAACUGUUAAAGAGUGAAACUGGGUUCACAACAAUGCACACUUCCUCUCUGCGUGCCACAGCCACACCCAACAGAGACUUGAAUCCACAGUGGGAUUGAAUGGUUCUGGGUAUCUGGCACAAUACCAAAUAAGAGGGGUUUCUCCUAAUGCAGUAGACCUACGAGUGUUCCUUGCGUUUGGUACUGUACAAACAGAAGAGACUAAGACUUUUAUAAAUUCAAAGGGUUUUAUCAUAGCACUUAUGAAGAGCAAAUCGCUUCAACUGCAAUCCAAUAAAUCAAAAAGGAGCAGCAAAAACAUUGAAAACAACAAAAAAUCCUGCUCUUUUAUGUACUGUAUCUCUUUCUUGGAAAUGUGUCUGGCGUUGUUCCUCUGGUAGCAGGAUGAAGGGAAACAAAACUGAAAUGUACCAUUGGACUUUGGGGGGAAAAAACUGCAGUCUAUGAUUUUUUUUUCUCUUUUUUUGAACUUUAUCAAAGUGAAUAUCACUGUUACUCCAAAUGUUUAGCCUUGUUCUGUUUGGAGGCACUAGACUUGCAACGUCAGCUGUCUCUGACACCUGCUGGCCAGUCAGUCAGCCAGUCAGUAAGUCGGUGGGUGAGUCAGAGUGGGGUGGGGAGGGGGAGUGUCCACUGAGUGCCUCUCUGUUGUGGUCCUCUGGGUGUCAAGCGGCAGCCCCACUUCCUCCCGGGCUCCAUUUGAACCCUCCCUCAGUCUGGCAAAGAAAGCGGCUCCUCCAAGACUGGCCAAUCACGGCUCUCUGCCAUGCGCGGCAUCUCCAACGGGGGCCCGCCACCACUCGACCCUGCUGUCGUCCUGCUCUCUCCCCCAUCUCUCAGUUCUAUGACACAAAGAUCACUUUAGCUGGAAGAUGUAAUAGUCAUAUUUCUGGAAUUUUUGCCAGUGUACUUUUUUUCUUAAAAGAUCGUUUGACUUUUUUUUUUUUUUCCAAUAUGUUCUAUUGUUAUUUUUGUCUACAUGCAGUGGUCUACAAAAUACUGGCUGCUGAACUAGCCCUUCACUGUUCAUAUGCAGAAACACUUUGGUCAGAGGUGCCUCUGUAUGUUCAUCCUGUGUAUUGAAUGCAAAACGAGGAUCAAUACUACAGACCGUUAUUGAUUGUCUAUUUGUUUUUAACUGAUCAUGCUUUUGUGUUUGACAGUAUUCUGUAGUACUUCCAGGUAGUAUCUUGAGAUGUGUAAAAAAAAAAAAAAAAAAAAAAAAGAAAGAAAAAGAAAAAAAAGGGUGUGGGUGUUUGUCGCUCCAAGCUGCUCCGCCUGCCCGCAGGCUGUCCCCCCUUGCCCUUUGCCUAGCUGCUACGCUAUAACCUCCUCUCCUCCUCCACCUCAACCAGACCCAGUAGCCCUCCCCUGACCAGGCACCAACAGGCCCUUGUAUCUGUUUCUAUGCAAAAGACUAGAGGCUGGGGCCCUUUACAGCACGCCAAACCUGACUUGGGAAUGAGCACUCCUCCCAGAGCUUAGCAAACCUGAACACCCUCCCACCCCCCGUGCGCUCUUGUCAGCACUUCAGAAUGGCCACCGUUUCUGUAAAGUCAGGCUAAGCCACCAGAACACUGUCAUUUACUAAAGUCCGAACACUUUAUCAAAGGUCGGCCUUUCUCUCUGCGCUGAAGACACUUCUGUCCAGCUUGAUCUCAGGGUAGGGGAGUUGAUGAUACCAAGUAUUGAGAUGCAGCUCUCCGUAUCUGUCCUUUCUACUGUGAGAGCAAAGUCUUAAAAUUUAAAAGGCCAUCUGCGCAACAAUAUGUACAGACCUCAUGCCUCGAACGUAAUCCUAAUUGGAAGGGAAAAGGCUUGUAUUGAAUCCUUUUCUCCAAAGGUGGCCUAUAGUUACUGUUUGGGGGCAUAUUAAAUGCAUGUAAAAGAUGCCAACAAAUCGUGCCAAUAUAAAUUUGCUGUGUCAUACUGUGUCUUUUGUAGACAGCACUUCUGUUCCCUGUUUGGAGGAGCUUUGAUAACCUUUGCAGAGGGUGCAGCGGGGGACAGGAGGGAUCAAACAAAUGGGCGGCAACAUCACACCCUUAAAUGACUGAGAUUUUUUUUUUUUUUUUUUUUUUUUUUUAAAUGCUUUUAUGGGGAAUUCCCCAUGCUAAGGAGAAAAUCUACUCAGUUGGGGGUUCCAGUUUGCUACAGUGCACAGUUGCUGAUGGGUAAUCCCGGGUACAUAUUUUUUUAAAACCAAAAAUGAAAUUGCAUUUUAACGUCAUUUUUAUGAAGUUUGACAUAAAAAUCUUAAAAAUGCUAAAAAAUCUAAAUGAAAAAAAAAGAUCUAUAAUAUGUUAAAGCUCUGCACUUCUAGCUGAAACGUCUCCGGUCAUCAGCUUCUACUACCACCAUCUAAAGGAGUAGACUGGUGGCCGGGGUGCCUUUUUGUGGAUGCUGUAUUUAUCUCGUUUUUAUGUUUGUGUCCUGCUCAAAGCGGGCCCACUGAACUGUACAUUUCCACAGACCCAGAUGGCUUGGGCCCACUGUAUCAGCCUCACUCCUCUCACUCUGCAUCAGCAAGAGGGGAGGGGGCGCAUUUCAAGAGGUACAAAGUCUUAAAAACAUUUAAAAAAAAAGUUUAAAAAUUAAAAAAAAAAAAAAAACAAGAAGAAAACGGGAAAAGGCUACCUUUCAGGACUUGCAGUCCUGCAGCACACAAGCAAAAAUCACUAUUGCCUGUUUCUGUAACUGCCUUGAUCCAAGCUCAGACAGACCCAAUAGCCGAGGACCUCCCAGCAUCCUGUACUAACUGGAGAACCCUGACAGUGAAGGGGGUUUCCCAUGCUGCACCAGCAUCGAGAGGCUCUCCUCUCUACAGCUCUGUUCUAGAUAACAGUAUAUACUGUAUGUAUACACUACAUAUAUAUAUAUAUACUGCGAGUACGGUGUGUGGUAUCACCUCUUCAGACUUCUUGGAUCGUAACCUCUGAAACCUUUUGUUUUUGUUUGAAAGGUCUUGGUUUAAUACAUCUGAAAAAGAGCAAUAUGUAUUUUCCCCGCAAAUAAGUGAUACGAAGGAAAGAAUUCGGGUCGGGUGUAAACUGAUACUUGAUUGAUUGAAAGCUGUGUCUUUCUAUGGAGUUGGAUAUGCACGUUCUGGUUUUGAUGACAUAUUACAGUACUUUGAAGUGCUUGUACUGUAGAUAUGUGUUUGUUAAUUAGCCUGUCUAAAAGCCCAACCUGAAUCACCUGGUUUGAUGCAUAUUUUACCCAGUUGAUUGAAAAAAAAAAAUCACAAACAUAUCAAAACAAAACAAAAUAUUGAACACAAAUACUUGAAUCAAGGAGCGCCAAUAACGUAAUGUGAAGUCAGUAAUAUUUUUUUUGUUCUCUCCAUCUGACAGGUACACUUAGGGGCUUUUAGAGAAUAUCAAAAAUGUAUUGCAUUAAGUUACAAAUACAAAAUCUCUGAAAAAAAAUGCAAAAGUCAUCUUAGAUGUGUGCUUGAAAGUCAGAUGUUUGUAUGAAUGUGUGCGCAAGAAACUGUGUGUGUACAGGGCACAUGGCCUGCUGUUAUGUUCCACUCAGUAUGUCAUAUUUUGUGUCUGUUUUUAUCUUUUUUGUUGUUGUUCUUCUGUCAAAAACUAUUCUGAUAGACAUUGUUAUUAUCUUCUAACGUUGCACUGAGUGUCUUCUACCCCUCACUCAGCUAAUCGUAGAUAAAUGAGUCUAAGUACGGAGGGGAGAUGGUGACAAUUCAUGUGUACAUGUUUACUCAAGGACUUAAUGGAUUUUUUUCAUUCUAUCUGUAAAAAGUUUAUCUACCUUAUAGUGGCUUUUAUUGUGGAAUAAUCCAAUACAAGGAUUAUCAUUGAGUAUUGCACCAUUUUGUUCCAAUUAUACUAGAAAAAAAAUGAGAAAAAAAAAUCAAAAAAAGAAGAAAAAAACUACAAAAAAAACUACAAAAUGAAAAAAAUGGGGAAAAAAAAACAAAGAACUGUGGCCAUAGAUAGCUGUAGAAGGACUAGUAAUCCCUAUGUUAACUUCAUGUGGAAAUGGAAAGGGAUAAAGUGUGGGAGGUGAGUUUGUUACAAGACUCAUUUCAGAGGUGCCUAUCUUUUCUGUUCUUGUUUGCAAAAGCCACUUGUCGUUUACAAGCAUUUCAUUUGUCUGAAGUUCAAGGAACUAGGAAUUUCUAACAGGAAUGUUGUAAAAACAAAAAAGACAGAAAAAAAGGACAAAUUUCAUCUUCCAUCAAAUAUGGACAUGAAAAUCUUGCAAAAUGAAGAUUUAUGCUACUUUCAGAACUCUGGGAUUGAUCAGUGUUGUGUCAUACUUCAAUUUUUAAUUUCUCUUUCAGUGUGGACAGACUAUCUUUGUAUGUAUUGAGUUGUGAUUUUAUGUUUUCUGUAAGCAACGCAGUUUGCUCACUAUCUUGCACACUCAUAAAAGAUGUGGAUUUUGUCUCAGGAAGACCAGGGUUCCAGAUAUCAACUCCAUCAUUUCUAGGUUUAAUGUUUGUGUGAAAAAAAAGAAACUGAAUACAAUUAAACUCCAAGAAAGCACUGAAGGUUAUGAGUUUAACAGAAUAUAGAGUACCAUUGUUUCUUUAAAACUACAAAAAAAAAAUGUUCGUAGCAAGUUACAUAUUUACCAAAUAAGACUGAGAAUCAACUUUGAAAAAAGUGGAGUGCUUUACAUGUGAAAUCUAAGUAGAAAUUGCUUUACAUUUAAACAACGAUCAAUGGUUUUGAUUGUCAAAAAGACAGAAGAUGCAUUUGUAUGUUUUGACUCUGUACUUUUAAGUUUCCAUCCUGUAGUUCAGGAGCAUUGUGCAAGAAGUUUUUUUUUUUUUUCUUUGUUUGUUUUUAAUCAUCUCUCCUGUCUGUUAACGCGUCUGUUCCUGUGACAGGUAUUCAAUAGUUGAGACAUUUCUUCAUGUAACAGAUGGUUUUCAGAGGCAGGUUGAAGUGGAUGAAUUAAGCUGGUUUUUAAAGGAUCAUGAUCUAUGCACAAGUGGGAGGGAAGAGUCCAAACCGCCGCAGCCGUAAUGCAGGCGCUUUGUCGACUCAAGACUCUGGGGUUUAGGGUUUGAUGUAGGGUUGUCCUUGUUUUUGUCUAUUGUUCAAAUUUCCUCCACUCUGUUUUCUCCCCCCACCUCCUUAUUAUCAUCUAAUGUUUCAGCAAAACUUUACAUUGCGUCACCAUGCUGUGUAAUCCUUAACCAAUGAGCGCUUAUCCUUCUGCUAAAGCACUGUGGGUUGUACUGAGAAAAAAAAAAGCCCAUGACUUUUAAGGCUGUCUGUUUUUUAAGGGGAGGGUGGGUGGGGGAAUGGGGGUACUUUGCCUUUGCCUUUCUCUUUACUUUGGAAAAAAAAACAUUAAGGAAAAAUGUCUGUAACUGAAAUACAAAGUUGUGGCUUUUAAUGUUGUUCUUUUUUCUCCUCAUAGAAUGUGAUUGUUAAGGACAUGCACCGAAAAAAAUGUUUCCAUGGAUUAUGGAGCUUCUUUCGGACUAUAUUAAUAAAUUACAAUUUUUCUUGGCUGUUA